CAAAGUGGCCAGUGAAUCAGCGAGAUCAUUGAUAAGGUUGGUAGGUUUCACCUGCCAGGAACGCUGGUAUAAAAGGAGACGGACUUGCAGACCGUGUCACUACAAAGGAGACGCGUGAAGAGGCACAAUGAAGGGGAAAGUGUCUCUCAGCAUAGUAUCGGCUGUGACAACAAUGGGCUCAGGGAAGUCAGCUGGUCUGUCUCUUCUACUCUUGUCUUUCCUUCUGUACGUAGCUGAUUCUUACCCCAACAUUGACUUUUCCAAUGUGGGCUGUGAGGAAUGCGCGCUGAAAAAAAACAACGUGUUCUCCAGAGAUCGUCCAGUUUACCAGUGCAUGGGCUGCUGCUUCUCCAGAGCUUACCCGACGCCCCUCAAGGCCAUGAGGACAAUGACUAUUCCAAAGAACAUCACCUCAGAGGCAACGUGCUGCGUCGCCAAACACAGCUACGAGAUUGAGGUGGCUGGAAUAAGGGUGAGAAACCAUACGGGCUGCCACUGCAGCACCUGCUAUUUUCAUAAGAUAUGAGAGAUGGAAAGUAGAGGCCAGUCUUGUUUCUGUGUAGCAAGAUAAUAUUUUUGUAGCAAAUCUACGUCUGUGGCGUGUUCUUUGUCUGUAUUUUGGUCUUAAUAGAUGUGUAUGAUAAAUUGUAGCCUGAAAAGCAAUUCAAAUGUGCACUCACUGUAUGUAUUGUGCAUUAAAAGUCCACGCAUUAUG